AUGAGCCAGCCUCUUCUCGCGUCGCAAGAUGCGGAGCUCGCAACGGCGAGCUCGUCAGGAGCACCGGCGCCGAGGCUCGCCAGCGGCAGCUUCGGAAAUCGGAGCUUCAGUGCUAGGUACAGGCAAGAACAGGAAAGCGCGGCUCGUUCCGUAGCCGCACAUGUAAGCGGCUCGGACUCUACCAUAGGUCACGCUCACUACUCGCACCGCUCGCCAUGGCUGCGCGCCGCGCUUCUCGGGUCGAACGACGGGCUAGUCUCCAUUACCUCCUUAAUGCUCGGAGUCGGCGCCGUGGAAACCUCCCGAACGAUGAUGGUUAUAUCGGGGCUAUCCGGUCUUAUAGCGGGGGCGUGCAGCAUGGCUAUUGGCGAGUACAUCUCGGUAUACGGGCAGCGCGACUCGGAGGAGGCGGAUCUGAAAAAAGAGCGGGACGAAUUCGAGAAAGGGCCCGAGGCGGUGGCGCGGGAGUUGACCGAGCUGACUCAGAUCUACGUGUCGCGCGGUGUGCCGUACGAUCUCGCGCGGCAGGUGGCGGAGGCGCUGCAUGCGAGCGAUCCGAUAAGAGCGCACGCGAGAGAGGAACUGGGCAUCGACUUGGAUGAUUUGUCGGAUCCGGGGCAGGCCGCUGUGGUUUCGGCCAUUUCCUUCUUUCUGGGGGGAAUCUCACCGCUCCUUUCAGGCUGCUUCAUUACAGACUACAACACGCGCAUUACUGUACUCAUCGCCCUCUCCUCCACGCUCUUUGUCUUGUUGGGCGCGCUCGGCGCGUGGCUGGGCGGCGCACCUCGGACCCGGGCGGCACUGAGGACGACUGUGGGCGGCUGGCUGGCCAUGGCGAUCACCUAUUCAGUCGUGUGGGCGUUUGGUGCUUCAGGUGUUUAG